AUGUAUUAUUCUAAAAGGGUUAAUUUAUUGAAUCAUCUUGAUUAUAUUCAAAAAAUAUGGGGAGGCUUAAAAUUACGAAAAAGUGUUAAAAUGAAGGGGAGGAAUUUCACUUAUUUAACAAGCAUAUAUGAAGAUGACAUUAAAAACCAAAGUGAUAAAUAUUAUGGAAACAAAAACGCAAUCAACGAAAAGAGAGAAUCAUUAUCCCCUUUUCUUUUUGGAGAUGAUUAUACAAUUAAAAAUAGCAAAGGAAAUAGUAGUAAUAAUGGCGAUGCUUUACGAAAUAUAUUUGUUAUGGAUUCAAUAAAUGAUAUAAAUAUAUACUUUGAUAGCAAUUUUAAUGAUAUGAAAAAUUAUGAACUAAUAUAUUUAUUAUUUAAAAUAUAUGAAAUAGUAUUUGCCAGUUUUUAUAAAACGUAUGAAUUUUCAGAAGGUUUAAUUUUGGACAAUCCAUAUUUUAAGUACAUUUCUUUUCCUCAAUACAUAGAUAUAUAUCUUAAAAACAAUGGGAUCAUUGAUAACACUUCUAGAUUGAGCGCAACAAUACCUGAAAUGUCGAAUGAUGAAAUAAUAUGCUUGGGAAAUUUUCCUAAUAUAAUAAAUAAAAAUACCAAUUCAAAAAUAAGCGAUAUGAUGUAUACUAUGGAAGGAACUAAUCAAAGGGAAAUAUUUGGAGAAAUGGUAUUAUCAUCUUCAAGCGAACAAAUUAAAAAUAUAAAUAAUGGAUUGUCUAAUAAUGGUUAUAAUUAUAUAAACAAAGGAGAUAUACAUGGAGUUAUAGAAUUAUAUUUUAAAUAUAUUUUAUAUUUAGAAAAUUUAAAUAUAAAAGAAAAUAAAUGGAAUGAAUAUAUACAUAGUUUUUUUUUAACAAAUAAAUAUGAUAAAUUUUACUAUAAUGUAUUGGAUAUAAUAUAUAAAAAAAUAUUAUCGUUUUCAUGUGUUGAUAUAAUUAACUUUUUAUAUAUAUUAAAGAGAACAAAUAUGAUACAAAUAAAAGACAUAAGUUUAUUAGUAGAAAAUGUAAUAUUAGAAAAUUUGAAUUUUAUGAACGAGCAAUAUCUAGUUAUGUUAGGAUAUAUAUAUUUAAACAAUUACACCAACAAAAGAAAGACAAAUUUGAAAGGUGUUAAAAGAUAUUGUAAUAAAAACUUUUUAGAAAUAUUUAUAAAUUUAAUUCAAACAAAAAUAAAAUCAAUGAAUAAUACUAAUUUUAUUAAAUUACUCGAAUAUAUAAGUAAUAAUAAUUAUAAGCAUAUACAAUUUUUUAGAGAAAUUAAAAGUGAAAUCUAUAAAAGGUAUAACAAUUUUAAUGAUGAACAAAUAAUGAAACUUUUUUAUUUGUAUUCCCAAAAUAUUAACGCUUCUGAUGAUUGUUUAAUGCACUAUUUUAUGAAUUCUAUUAUGAUGAUUUUUUCAGAAAACCAGGUAGCUAACAAAAAAAAAACUAAUAUUAAUUUCGUAAAGUUUAAUAAUGAUAUAAACCCAAUGAUAUAUGACAAAAAUAACGAAGUAAUUAAAACAAGUACAGAUGUUUCCCUUGGGAAAAACACAAAAAAACAUUGUUCUACAUCAAAAAUUGAUAAUAAUAUUGACAAAAUUAAUACUGAAGAAGUUGUGAAAAAAAAGGAAGAGGAAAUUCCAUUAUAUUUAUUGCUAAAUAUAAUAUGGGUAAAUGCAAAAUAUUUUAAAGAAUCUACUUUUUUAUUAAAAAAAUGGGAAAAUAUAAUUUUGAAAAAUAUACAUAAUUUUGGUAGUACUACUAUUAGUAUGCUAAUAUGGGCAUAUAGUAAUGUUGAAAAUAAAAAUAGCGAAUUAUAUUUUGAUAAUAAUUUAUAUAUAAAGUUAAAGGAUAGAGCUUUAGAAUUGUAUAAAUAUAUGACUCCUAAUCAAUUAUCAAAUAGUUUGUUAGGUUUUUCUAUAACAAUUGGUAGAACUACAGAUAUAGAAGGAAGAGCUAUAACAGAUUUUCAAGACGAAAUUGAAGAAUAUUUAUUGUAUAAUUCAGGAGAUAUAAAUGAUAAAUCAGUUCGAAGAAAAACAAAUAAUAACGAAAGUACUAAUAAUUCAAAUACAAGCAAAAAAAAUGAAGGAAUAAAAAAAACAAGUUUUUCUUUUUUAAAAAUUUUCAGUGCAACAGAUCUUUCAAAUGUUUGUUUUGCAUAUGCAUUAAUUAGAUCAGGAAGCAAAGAAUUUCAUUUAAUGCUACAAUCAGCUUUAGUAAAUAAUUUGAAUGAUUUAUCACCACAAGACAUAUCAAAAAUAGCAUACACAUAUGGGACGUUUUAUUUUUAUUCCUCAUAUACAUUAUUAAGCUCGCUACAAUAUGAAAUAAUACAAAGAGUACAUCAAUUUUCUGGACAUGAAAUAUGUGACAUAUUAUGGUGUUAUAGUAUAAAUAAAUUUUUUGACGCAAAUUUUUGGAAAUAUAUGUUACAGGGUAUAAAUUUUGAAAAAAUCCAUGAUCAUCGCUAUUCUUUAUUAUAUCCUUCAUUAUCUUAUGUUAAUUUAAUUGAUUCAUCUAUUUUAGAAUCUUAUAAUGUGUUAAGAAUAUUUAAUUUUUUAAAAGACCAUUAUUGGGAAAUACAAAUUUGUUCAUAUCCACAUUUAUUUGCUAACGAUGUUAUAGAUACAAUAAAAAAUCAAAAUGAAUUAAUUUUAAGUAAAGAAUCAGAAAAUAACGAAAAAAAAGAUACUUUUCAAUAUGUUCAAAAGCUUUUUGAUUUUGAAGGAUUUUUAAUAGAUAUAUACUUUGAAUACAAAAAUUCAAAAUAUGCUAUAUUUUUAUACACAUCAAUUAAUACUACCUCAAAUGGAUACCCAUUAGGGGAAAGUAUAUUAAAAACAAGGUAUGUUAAAAAAAAAAAUUUCAUAACAAUUCAUUUACUUUAUGAUAUAUGGAAAAAUUAUAAGGGAAGUAAAAUCGAUUUGAUAUAUUCCCAGUUUGUGGGAGGAAGAAUUUCACCCUAA